GGAAGAAGGUCGUUGUACAAAGCCAUAUAUUCUGUUGAAUUGCAUCCCCGAUCCAAACAUUUGUUCCUCUAUUAAUUCAUUACCAGGUAUAACCGGAUGACAUAAAUACCUUAUGAAUACUUAAAUAUUUUUCAUUUGCUUGAUAAAUGGAAAAAAAGACAAUAUAGGACUUAGAUGAUGGCUCUUUCAAAAUGGAAUGAAUUAGGCACUGCGCAGCAUUUUCUAGAAUGUGACAAAAAAGACUGCGAAAGGAACUGUGAAUACUUCUGCAACCAUUGCUCUCAACGGAUGUGUAGACAAUGCAGAGAUGAGCAUAAGAAGACUUCGAAAUAUAAGAAGCAUGAGGUGGUCAUUUAUCAACAACGAUUUCGAUCAUUUCGAGUGGAGAAAUGUAGGACCCACCCCACAAAAGAUAAAGACAUGCUCUGCGAGGAAUGCCAAGUCCAACUCUGCUCCAAAUGUGCAACACAGAAAGAUCACCGAGGACAUACGUUUAUUGAUUUGGAGACCAUGUAUACCUCAACAUACGCUCGUUGCCGAGAAGAAAUUUCAAAACUUCAGCAAUACUAUCUGCCAACAUCAAGAGAAAUACAGAGAGACAUAAAUGAAGAUUCAAGAAAGAUAAAGAAGAUAAUGGACAGCAUAAGAACUUCAAUAAAGGUUGAUGCUGACGGCCUUAAAAGCCUGGUCGAUAGACUGGCGUCCGAAAAUAUUCAGCGACUAAACAACAUAGAAAAAUCUCUGACGGAAAAUUUGAAAUCCCAAGAAAAGGAGAUUACUGGAUAUAUUUCCUAUCUAUCGGAUCUUGACAAAGAGCUCCAAAAAUAUUUGUCCCAAACAAAACCUCCUCCGUUUACAUCCUCAAUAUCUGAGAAGCUAAAAAUUCGAAGCAUACCUGAAUUACCAAGACUGGCAACACCAGUUUUUACUGCCUGCCAAUACAACAAAGAUGACGUCGCUAAAUUACUUGGUAAAAUAGACAUAUCCGAUUCUAAUAGAGAAAACAGACACAUUGAGUCAUUAGAGACUUCUACGUCAGCACUUACAAUGGCUACAAUGAACCCUGAAGACAAACGCACAAAGUACGAUGAUGAACAAAGAAUGAUUCUCUCCUCUGCAGUAAGCAAGAUUAGGAAGUUUGAAGUACCAUGUAUUGUCAGUUCAUUCCACAUGUCACUGGACAAAUCUGGCAGACUCUGGGUCAGUGACAAUGAAGGUUUUAUCAUCCAAACAGAUUUACAAGGGAAUCGGCUGAAGAAAAUACCAGCUGGCGUAGGAUACCCAGGGUUCCACACCGUCUCUGGGGUGAUAGUGGAUGGUACUAUCAGUCCAUUCAUUAAUACACGAGACUGGAAACCAGUCAGCAUAUACUCCUCUCACAUCAAUGGAAACUUAUUAGUGGGGAUGCUGAAGGGCAGAGAAACUAAAAUCACCAGGUACAGUAGCUCAGGAAAAGAGCUGCAAAACUUUCAAAAGGACAAAAAAGGUCAGAACAUGUAUAGUGAGCCGCAUUACAUUGUGGAGAACAUCAAUGGAGACAUCUGUGUAUCGGACUAUGACAAAAAAGCAGUAGUGGUGGUAAAUAAAUCAGGACAACAUAGAUUCUCCUAUAGGGGCCAGAAGGCUAGGAUUUGGCCUGCUGGAAUCUGUACGGAUGUUCUCAGUCACAUCCUGGUGUGUGACAGUAUGAGUAAUACUGUUCACCUCCUUAACCAGGACGGCCAAUUUCUGUCUCUUCUCCUUACACCACAACAAGCGAUAACGAAUCCACGCAGUGUGUGUGUUGAUGAUGAGAACAAUUUUUACGUCGGACAGUGGAACACGAACAUUGUCACAGUAUUCAAGUAUCUCCAGUAA